UAGAGCAUAAAAAGUUGGUUAGUAACUUCUAGAUUAGUUUUUGCGUUAAAAUUUUAAUUUCGGAGUUACGAUGGCUCAAACAGCAAAAUUUGACCAUUUUUCAAAAAAAAGUAGCGCGACGCAAAUAUCACCAAAGAGCCUGGAUCCCAGGAACUCAUCUUCUACAGCAAUCACACUUUUGUAUUGCGAGACUGUAUAUCUUGAGAGUUUUCUGCUUAAAAUGCCCGAACGUUGCGUUGUUUUUGGGUGUUCUAACACGGCAGACGCGGAGAAUGGUAUUUUUCUAUACCAGAUACCUUUUUGGAACGAAAACGCGACCGUAGCAGCGAAACGAAGGCGAAUAUGGGUGAACUUCAUUCGACGCAGAAGAGACAAAUGGACGCCAACACCCUCAUCAGUUGUUUGCUCAAAGCACUUCACGAACGACUGUUUCGAGUACGGUUCUGCUACAGUUUCAAAGUAUAAGACCCCUAGACUAAAAAGGGAUGAGUUGGGAGUUUCUGUGUACCCUACAUUGCAAGCAAAUCAAAUUUUGGGCAGCACAGAAAGUGAACGCACAAAACGCAUGAAGCGAAGAGAGACUAUAACAGAAUCGCCAACAACUUCGUCAAAAAUUUCUGGCGUAACUGAUGAAUUGAAAGCUACGACGGAAAGUGUUGUCUUCCCGACGGAUGUUAUGGAACACGAAUCAAUGAUUGGGGCAUCACCACAGUCACCACACAAGUGCAGAAAUUGUGAUUUGUUAAAGAAGGAAAACAAGCGAAUCCGUAACUGUUGGGAAACAUCAAAACAAAAGCUGGCAGGUGUGAGAAAAGAAUUGGAUAUUCUUAGGGUGCAACAGAGUGUCGGUGUAAGUAGUGAUGAUGAUGAGGAAGUUGAGAGCAAUGAUGAGGAAGAUCACAAAUCUGAAGAUGAGACAGAGGGGCCUUCUGAUGAUAUGUAUGAAGAUGCAGAAAUUGAGACAGAGACAGAUACAGCAGAUACUGAUACUGAUGAAGACAUUAAUGUGCCUUCACAUAGUUCAAAAGUACUCACAAAAGUUGCAAAAGUGAGUGGGUGUGAAGCAGUUGCUGAAUGGAUAAAGCCUUGUACUAACCAUUUAUACUGGAGUGCAAGAACUACACAUGAUGGGAAUGGUGAAGUUAUUUGGGCUAAGUUCUCAUCAUUUUUAAGUCAUGUGGUUAAUGAGCACAAAAAUCUUGAGAAUCCGUUGUUCAACAAAUGUGGGCAUAAAGAGACAAUUGAGCCACGGAAAUGGUUAGAUAAAGAUUCAGUUGCCUAUGAGAAAAUGCAGUCAUCUCUUACUAACAAAAGGCUGAUAAAAGGAAUAAAGCAUGCAUCUCCAAUGGACCAAACAAGUUGCCUAGAAGGAUUCCAUUCUGUGCUGAACCAAUUCUCUCCCAAGAUGAUAGGCUAUACCUACAGAGGAAUGUUUUGCAGACAUGCAUUAGCAGUCAUGCACUUUAAUCAGAAUCUGUCUCGGGAAGCAAGAUUGAAAAAUGGUGUUGAACAAUACAAUGUUGUUUAUCCCAAGUUCAUGAAUGGGGAAGCAGUUGUCAGAAAAGUUCCAGUAAAGCAAAACUUUGAUUAUGUGGAUAAAAUAUAUCAAACCAUGUUAGAGGCUAUUGCGAAUAAAAAACUGGAAGAUGCAAUAGAUGACCUAAACGAAAAAACACACCACCCAUGA